AUGUGAUAACGAAGAUAACCGAACGAUGACGCUCAAGACCUAAAAGACAUAAAGCAAACAAACCAUUAAUGUUUGUCACUUAUCUAUGGUUGAAUAUCCAUGUUAAGAAGAAGAUUCUGUUCAAUCGGCCUACUUGGCUAAAAGAAGACAUUUAAUAUUUAUCCAAAAUUUUGGGCACUUUUCUUGCAAAUCAAAAUAUACUUUCUAAUGUAAUUCAAAUUAAAUACCUUAAGUAAUAAAAAAUAUCUUUUUAAAAAUGUCGGCUCAAGCUAUUAGCGAACUAGAAGCAGCUGCGCAAAUUAUAAUGGCCCCUCCAGACAUUGUUUCAAACGAACAAAGACACUCAGCCGAAAGUAUUUUCUUGAAUUUCAGAAAAAGCAAAUCGCCGUACGGUUUGUGCAGAGAAAUUUUAGAAAAUUCGCAAAAUCAAUAUGUUAUGUUUGAGGCUGCGGAAGUUCUUAAAGGAGCGAUUAUACGUGAAUGGUCUUUUUUGCUUGAUACAGACAGAUCAUCUUUAAGGCAGUAUUUAGUACAAUAUAUAACAUCACAUGAAGUGCCUCAUUUUGUACGAGAUAGAAUAAUACAAGUUAUUGCCAUUAUGGUCAAACGAACCAGUAUAGAUGACAAGGGCAAAGAAAGGGCAGUCAUAUUACAGGAAGUUGAAAAUCUAAUCAUAAAUGGGGAAUCAGAAAAAAAACUUUUGGGUUGCUAUAUCAUUACCAAUUUAAUACAAGAGUAUGCUACUACUGUGAAAUCAGCUGAUGUUGGUUUACCUUGGGAAGUCCAUUUCAAAGCAAAAAAGCAAUUUGAGGCUACUGACUUGAAGAGAAUUUUCCAAUUUUGUGUAUAUUUAAUUUCAGAAGUUGUAAAAAAUGAUCCACCUUAUGAUGGUAUUAUGGCUCAGCUAACAAGACACCUACUUCAAAUAACUGAGAGGAUACUUACUUGGGGAAACGUAUCAGCAAUUUUGCCCAAAAGACUUAUUGGAAUAUAUGAGUCUGUUUACGAGUCUGACCAAUCAUGCGCGUUAAAACUUAGUAGCGCUUGGGGAGAAGUAAUGUUUAACCCAGAAUUUUUGCCUUUAAUGUUCCAAAUUUAUUGGAAGGUUCGAGAUGUAGAUGAACUAGCUCAUCAUGCAAUGACAUGCCUUGUUCAACUAGCCACUUUAAGUGGCGCGGUUGUAAGCAAUGUACCGAAUAGAGUAAAAUAUUUACAUAGUUAUUUAGUAAAUUUUUUUAAACUUGUAUCAAAUGUAACAAUAAAAGACAAGGAGUCUCUUGGAAUAUCUAGUAUUGUCAGAAAAAUCGUAAUGUUUUAUGUUGGUGAUUUUUACAAACUACCAGAACCACUAAUACAUGAUACUCUCCUAGAUGAAGUCACACGAUUAACUUGUCUUUUCUGUGAAGGAGCAGUUCGCGAAGAUGCAGAUCCAGAUGCAGAUAGAUUUUUUUCUGAAUCUCUCGAGAACAUGCUUGAAGCAUGGAACUCAAUUUACCAUGACUUUCAUCAAAUAACAGAUGAAAGUAUAACUUCAUGUGGAAUGAGAAUAUUUAAUAAAUAUGUACAAUGCCAUUUGGCCCAACCUGAUGGUAUCAGAAUACCUGAUACUGGUGGUGGAAAUAAUGUCGAUGAAGAUAUUGAAGAUAAUGACAGGAUAAAGUAUAAAGAACAACUUCAAAUUGUUGGUCUAUUUGGUCGAUGCGUUCUUAGUCAUUCGCUACCAGUUUUAUUCAAGAUUCUGGAGGCACGGAUAGCGUCGUUGUUGUCUCAUUUACUAGUCAUGCAACAUCGUGCGAUGACCGUUAACGAAGCAGCUGUACUGGACAGCAUCUACGAAGAUAUACACUGGGCUGUUUUAAUAUCGGGUCAUGUUCUUUGCAUGGAAAGCGAUGGGGAAACUGCAGUAAUACCCGCCGAUAUUAUGAGAUAUUCUAUUGAACAAUUCAAGAACGGCAAGGUUGAUAAAGAUGACAGUGUUGACGCAUUAGUUUACGUGGAUGCCAGGCCCGGUCUACCAGACAGAGCAGAGUAUCUAGAUCAUACAAUCAGAGUUGCAUUCAAUGUUUUGAGACUGUGUGCAAUAGAAGAUCUUGCCGUAUCAAUGAAAUUGGGUCAUCUUUGGAGCCCUGAAGUGAGCUCAUCUCUAAUGUGGUUUAUGAAAAGAUGGUAUCGUACUUAUUUAUUAAUACCUCUUGACAACUAUUUCAAUGAAGUUGGUUAUGUAUUUUGGUCUUGUUUAGAGAAAGAUAGUGAUUGUACCCAAAUACAAAUAGAGUUUAUCAUAAACAAAAUUGCAGCUAAUUUAUACAAUUUCCAAUCAGAACCAGUAGUCUUGAAAGAUACAGUUGCAGUUUUUAGUGAUGCAAUUUGUACGAAACGAAAGGUUCCGUAUAUAAUAAAAACAGAAGCAAUGGCCAAGCUGAUAAGUCUAGCGGAAAACCUACAGCCUGGAAGUUUGCCCUCAGAGGUUUUAAGGGGUCUUUACAAGGGUUUUGUUUCAGCUGGGGUAUAUAUAACAAGCUCUUCAGAGAAAAAUAAGUAUUAUGAAACUAUAUUAAAUCCACUGAGAUUACGAUUCAAAAACAUUAUAACACAAGAAAAUUUUGCCAAGGUGUGUCAAGAUGAUCAAGUACAAAAGGUCGUGAUUGAUUUACUCGAAUGCCUUAUAGGCAUAGCUAAGGGUUCCCAAAUGGCGUCAGUGGAUACUUUGUUUGACUUUCUUUCCCCUAUUUUGGCAGAACUUCCAGUAUUUCUAACAUUUUACAAAGACUAUCAAGUUAUAGUACAAUUAAUUUUAGAGUUAUUUGGACAGUGCGCUAAAUAUAUGUUGUGCUAUCUGCGACCUCUGGACAGUAAAAAAUUAUAUGAAAGUUCCUUGGCUACAGUACAGGCAUAUGCAAAAUGUAACGGAAACAGACUUUCAACUGAAACGUUUGCGGAAGAAAGCAGCUGUCAAGAUUUAUCUUUAGUUCUAGAUGUCUUCACGUGUAUUUUAUCAAGAGACUGUAUUGAAUUGUUUCAAGCUACUAAUCAACGGGAGCUGGUGAGAGUUACAGCUGCAGACGUCGCUCUUUUUGGGCUGAAUUUCAUUAUGCCGUUAAUGACACUGGAACUUCUGAAAUUUCCGAACUUGUGUGCCCAGUUCUAUCAUCUUUUGGUGCUCAUCAACGACAUUUAUCCCGAAAAGAUAGCCAAUCUCCCACAGGAUAUGCUUGCGAGUCUGUUAAAAACCAUUGAACUGGGUUUGACUGAUUUUGGUAACGAUAUUGCCCAUACUGCUCUGGAUUUCAUACAUGGAAUGUCGAUAUACGUAUUCAGAAGCAAGGUCCAGGAUACUCCAUUCGGCUCAGCCGUAAAAGCGUUCCUUAAACUCACGAUGGACUUGGCCUUGUCACAUCAGUUCAACUCUGACAUGAUGAGUAAUGUUUCGGCCACAAUAUACUGUCUGAUAUGCAGCUUCGAAGACGAAUACCAGAUGUUAGUCCAAACCCUUAUUCAUCUACAAUCUGACCCUUUGGUUGCCGAACGAUUGUCCGAGGCUUUCGAGAACCUAAUCCAAGGCGUUUGCUGGACUAAUCAGAGGGAUUACAGGUUGAGAUUUAGGAAUAACUUUGAAAAGUUUAUAGCGAACGUGCACGGAUUCCUUUUGGUUAAGUAAUGAAGGCGGUAUCGAGUACUUAACAGUGUUUCUAUUUUAACGAAAAAAACAUGGUCCUAAUGAGUUUUAUUUAGGAUAUAUUUUAAUCGAGAUAUUUUUUUUUAUCUGGAGGCUAUAUCAAACGAACAUAAUAGAGGGGUAGGACAAAAAUUCAUGACGUCACAAUUGUAGAUUAACAUUUUAUAUUAGCAUAUCGAUAUUACGAGAAAAUUCUAUAUAUACAUGGUGGUCCGCAUUGUAUUCCGGAAAUUUCGGCAGCAUAUUCUGCAGAUAAAAAUAAGUAAAAAAGUUCAUAUAAACGUCUGUCCUAAAAUGCUUAAUUUCAGAGA